CAGCCUUCCGUCCUUCUGAGGGCACCACAAACAAAGGCGCCACCGAGAAACCCUGGAGCGCGCAUGCGCCUCCGGCGGCGGCGGCGGCAUCCCGGCCGAUCCAAAAGCGACGCUUCCACUUCGCUCUCUGCUGGAAAGCCUCGCCGCGACCUGUAGAAGGCCGGCUGCGUGACCCGGAAGGAGAAGCCAAACCGGAAGUGGGGAAGCUGAAGCCGAUGCCGAGUCCAGUGCGGAGUUUGGGCAGCCAGUAACGUUUGGGGAAUAUGGAGUCACAUGGGUGCGUCCACAGCCCGGCGAGCCACGCUGGGAGAGAAGCGCCUAGCAAGCUGCACAAGAACGCUUACGCCCGCCUCGUGCAGAAGCACCACAGCGGACGCUUCCGUUCCUACCUGAACCACAUCGCCCAGAAGCUGCAGCUGGAGGAGAACCUCUUACAGGAUGAUUUGGACCCCGAGUUGGAGGCGUCUCCAAAACGGGCGCUCGCCAGAGAAGCCCCAGUCAAGAAUGGGAUGAAACCAGCCACGGCUCCGCCGGCGGGAUCCUUGCAAUUCCUCCAACCGGACCUCAGGAGCUUCGAGGGCCUGCGAAACAGCAAAAAGGACAGCUUGGUCAACAGGCAGCAACAGCCCCAUCCGGGAGAUCCUGGUGUCGGGAAGAGGGAGGAGGAAGAGGAGGAGGAGGAGGAGGAGAAAAAAGAGGCAGGUGCAGAAGAAGAGGUCCCUUCUACUCAGCCCGGAGGUCCAUUCGGGUUCUUGAAAACCAAGCCCGUCGCGGGCGGGCAGGAGGCAUUGUCCAGACUGGUGGUUCCACUGCAGAAGGCCUCCACCUCGAACAAGGAAGAGCUCUGGAGAAGUAAGGGCAGCGGCAGCCCUUCGAUGCCCGUGGAUGGAACCGGGGUCUUUCCGCCCGCAGGACAACCGAGUGUGGAGCUGCCUUUGGCGAGCGCUGGCUUCUUAUUGCCUCGGCAGAUGUACGACAAGCGGGGUUCGGUCAGGCCCAGAAACAAUUCUGAAUCAACCCGCGGGCCCCCAAAUGUGGACAGGAGACGACAACUUUCGGAGUCCCAGGCUGUCACCGUGAGCAGCUCGGAUUGCAGGAUGAACCUCCGACCUCAAGGAACUCCUAAAGGAGGGCCCUACGCUGCUUCCUUGACUCCAGGAGACCGGAAGAACUGGACCAAAGGGACUCGCACCCGAAAGAGAAUAUUCGAAGCCUACAUGUCGAAGGAAGACGUAUCGGAAGGUCUGAAGAGAAAAACGCUGAUCCAGGUGGGGGAAAUGUUGGCGCGCGAAAUAAGAAAAGGAUUUUGUGUGCAGAAUUUGUUUUUCCAGGAUGGCACUCAAGAUAUUUUCAUUGACGGAGUUGUCGCUCGCAACAGAGCCCUCAAUGGUGACAUCGUAGUGGUGAAGCUACUUCCAAAGGAACAAUGGAAGGUAAACAAACCGGACGCUUGCGAGCAAGAAACGGAAGCUUCUGUAAGCUCAGAGGAUCCUUCACCUUCACCAGGCGCUUCGGUCGUCCCCAAUCCGGGCCAAGGGGGUGCCAGCGGCCCCUGUGCCCCGACGGAGGCUCAGUGGAAUGAGAGAAGCCAACCGGAGCACGCAAGCGAUCUGAAGCAUCAGCUGUCCUUGGGGGCUGGUGUUAAAGGAAAAGAUCUGGAAACUUGCAGCAUCCAUGCCACAAACCCGGAAGAGACUGCAAACCUGGAAGAGAGGGUUCAAAAGACUGCAAAGGUAGUCUACAUAUUGGAGAAGAAGCAUUCCAGGACCGCCAUGGGCUUCAUCCGCCUCUUGGCCGAUCGCAACAGUGACCUGUUCCGGAAGUAUGCCAUGUUCUCUCCAGUGGACCACCGAGUGCCUCGCGCCUACGUUGCCUUGGCCGACUGCCCGCCCGAUUUUGCCUCGCGCCCCGAGGACUAUUCCAGCAUCCUUUUCAUCUGUCGCAUUGUGGAUUGGCGGGAGGACAGCAACUUUGCCCUUGGGCAAUUGGCCCAAAGUCUCGGGCAGGCCGGUGAAAUUGAUCCGGAAACCGAAGGCAUCUUAGCAGAAUACGGGGUGGACACCGCGGAUUUCUCUCCAGACGUCCUUCAGUGCCUUCCACAGAACCUGCCUUGGGUCAUCCCGUCCGAUGAGUUGGCCAGGAGGAGAGAUUUAAGAUGUGUGGACUUCAACUCCCAGCGUGCCGCAGCAGCCGGGAUAACGAAUGUUCUCUCUUUGCCCAUUUCAGGGAACUUCGAAGUCGGGGUACACAUCGCAGACGUGAGUUAUUUCGUCCCGGAAGGCACCGCCCUAGAUGACGUGGCGGGCGAGAGAGCCACAAGCGUUUACCUGGUGCAAAAGGUGAUUCCAAUGCUCCCCCAACUGCUGUGUGAGGAACUCUGCAGCCUCAAUCCCAUGACAGACAGGCUGACCUUCUCCGUCAUUUGGAAGUUGUCUCCACAAGGAAAGAUCCUGGACGAAUGGUUUGGGCGGACCGUGAUCCAAUCCUGUGCGAAGCUGAGCUACGACCACGCUCAGAGCAUGAUUGAGAAUCCAGAAAGGGUCUUCGGGGCAGGGGAGCUGCCCCCCAUCUCCUCCUGCCACACCCUGGCUGAGGUCCACCGAGCCAUCCAGAACCUCCACCAGAUCGCCAAGCAACUGCGUCAACAGCGCUUCGUGGACGGGGCUCUCCGCUUGGACCAGAUGAAACUCUCGUUUACUUUGGACAAGGAGACAGGGAUGCCACAAGGCUGCUACAGCUAUCAGUACCGGGACAGCAACAAACUGGUGGAAGAAUUUAUGCUGCUGGCCAACAUGGCGGUGGCUCAUCGGAUUUACCGCUCCUUUCCCACCCGAGCCCUCCUGCGCCGGCAUCCCCCACCGCAGAGCAAGAUGCUCCACGACCUCAUGGCCUUUUGCAGCCAGAUGGGCCUGGAGAUCGACUGCAGCAGUGCCGGCGCCUUGCACAAAAGCUUGAAUGAAACUUUUGGGAAUGACCAAUACAGCGAUGCAAGGAAGGAGGUGCUGACCAACAUGUUCUCUCGUCCCAUGCAGAUGGCGGUUUAUUUCUGCACCGGCGUGCUGAAGGACGAGAACCUCUUCCGACACUACGCCCUCAAUGUGCCUCUCUACACGCACUUCACGUCGCCUAUCCGCCGGUUUCCAGACAUCGUGGUGCACCGGCUGCUCGCGGCUUCACUGGGGCUGGGUCCUGCCCCACAGAUGGAGGAGGCCGAGAUACAGAAGCAAGCAGAGCAUUGCAACGACCGGAAGAUGGCUUCCAAGCGGGUGCAGGAACUGAGCGUCGAUCUCUUCUUCGCGGUUUUUGUCAAGGAGUGUGGACCGCUGGAGUCGGAGGCCAUGGUGAUGGGCGUCCUGAGCGAGGCCUUUGACGUCCUGGUGCUACGAUUCGGAGUCCAGAAGCGCAUUUAUUGCAACGCUCUACCGUUGGUGGGAUUCCAAUUUCAAAAAGUGGGGAAAAAGCCACAGUUGUCGCUGGCGUGGGAACCGCAGAGCCCGGAGCAGGACGCCGCGCGGCAGGUCAUCUCAAUAUUCGCUUUGGUGGACGUGGUUCUGCGGGCCGACAACGGGACCACGAAGUACAGCGCGGUGCUGAAGAGGCCCGGCGGUGAAGAAUGACCUGGCCUGGCUUCUGGUUACAAAUCCUGCCUAUUUCCUCCCCCCUACAAUGCCCCCCCCACACCCCACUAAUAUUGGUAGAUAUCCCGAACUGACUCCCUGGGAAAAGAGCCAAGACUUAUUUUAAUUUUAAUUUUGGCAGAUGUUGCUUCUUCGAUCCCCGAGGGUUUUGUUUUUUUGUUUUUAACAAGAGUGGCGGGAGGGCCCAAAACCAAGAUGGCGGCUGCAGCCUUAUAAGCCUCAUAGCCCACAUUAAGAAAAAAAAAUUAAAAAACGAUAGAGCUUGGCUUGCAGACCGUAGCUGCCAUCUUGACUUUUUUGACCUUCUCGGUGUGGGUGUCGUUUUUUACUCAAGCUGGUUGGCAGGGUCUCAGCCGUUUCCAGAGGGGAGCCAUAAAUACUUGGAAGUACGAACCAGCAAUCUUUCCAUCUUCUUAGAUGAAUUUGUGUGUGUUUGUGGGUGUGGGUGUUUGAAUUUGUGGCCCACCUGACCAGAGCCUCUCCCUUGUUGUAUCUGGCCGGCGGGGCGCUCCAUCUUGGUGUAAAUAAUCUCUUGCUCAGC